CACUGACGCACGCAGCAGACGUUCAGAAGGAACCAUGACAGUCAGCAGAAUUGCAUGCUUGGAAUUCUGGUCACCGACUUUUGCUUGAAAGGACCUCGUCGUUUUCAAUACCACGGAAGAAGAACCCGAAAUGACUUACAGAGGGAACUGACACCUCAAAAUUAAUCUCAGCUGAUACUUUGUUUGGUGAGAACGGAGUCAGAGGGCUGCUCACGACAUUUCUGUCCAGCGACAGGAACUACAGCCCUGGGUUGCCAAACAACAAGCAUCAUUCAGUGUCAGCCAGAGGUAGCAGCUGGAGCUCAGACAGGCGGUCCGACCCUGCGUCUCUGGAGCCUGCUCAUUCCUGUCUGAACCCCAAAGUAGCCUUCCAGACAACACACAGGGUCAGUAAUGUCUGCGAAUUCCCUCUCUGCACACCGAGUCUGUGACAGUGAUUUGAACUUAGAUUUCAUGACGACAAGGCACCUUUCCAAAAGCCCCUGACUGCCUUUGAGAGGCAGUGUGGGUGUCAGCUUCCUUCUGUUUCCACUUCCUGGCUUCAGCUGUUGUUCAACACUUUCACAAAAGCUCGUAGGAGUAGCAGGAUGCUGUAGUGGUUAGAGAAACUUUUUGGGCUGUAUGGGUAUCGUGCGAGCACAUGUCCUGCUGGAGAUAACUUGAAUGAAUCCACUGCAAACAAGGAAUGCUUUGUAGUGGACUUAACCUCUGACCUCUCUGUGGAUACAGACAGAAGAAACAGGAAUUUUCUUGCUGGAAUAAAGAAUCUACAAUAUUUUUUGGGGUAAAUCUAUUCAGGAAAAGACCUAUCAGGCCCUCCAGCACUCCUCCCCCCUUGCCAGCCCUAGUACCAUGCUGGCUGCACUCCUGCGGAGGAACAUGUCACAGAAGUUGAGUGUGCUGCUGCUGGUAUUCGGCCUGGCAUGGGGACUUAUGCUGCUGCGUUACACUGUGCAGCAGCCUCGCCAUCAGAGCAGCGCCGAGUUACGGGAGCAGAUUCUGGAGCUCAGCAGGCGAUACGUCAAAGUCCUGACUGAGGAGAACCAGAUUUUACCAGGUGGGAUGCAGGGAACCUCCAUGGCUGGAUAUGCUGAUCUCAAGAGGACUAUAGCUGUUUUACUGGAUGAUAUUCUGACACGACUGGUCAAACUGGAAGGAAAAAUUGAGCUUGUGGUCAAUGCCUCCUCCACCAAUACCUCCCACACAGCAGGGGGCGUACUUGCCUCUGUGCCUGCUGCCCUACAGAAAUCCUCUAAGCAUGAAACACCUGGUAGCCACCCGGGGGCGUCCCGCCUUCACCCACACAUCCCCAACAGGCCUCGACCGCAUCAAGGAGUAUAGUCUUGAUAGAGUUCUUUUUAUGUUCAGCACAUCACAUUUUCCAGCAUCUUUCAUUGAUGUAAUCACAUCAGACAAAUUACAAGCAAUACUGAGAUGUAUGGACGUCAAUAAACUGAAAGUGUGAACAUUUAUAUGAAAGGUUCUUCAAACUCAGAGGGAAGAUAAAGGACUUCAUAAUGCUCUUUCCUAUCGCGUGCUGAUAUCUAUUUAUUUUUUAUCAAGAAUAUCCAGCAGAUUUUUUAUAUAUUUGCGUUGUUUGUUUUAUUUGGCUUCAAUUUCAGCAUUUUUUUUACAAUGUCAUAUUUAAAUCCUAUGCCUGUUUCUGCAAAAACAACUAGGUUUCAACACUCUGUAACUGGUUCACAUAUGCUUCAUUGUAAAAAAGCUUAAAAUCUCACCUAUCAACAUUGUUAAACAUGUUAAAUACUUCUUCAACAUAUCAAAAUGCUGAAUGAAACAAUAUACUUGUCAUAUUUAGGAACAGACAAACAUCUGUUUUAGCUGGAGCAGUUUCUCAAUACAAUGAGCUAUAUUCUACUUUUAGCCUCAACAUAAACAACAGAUUGAAGUCAGUUCUGACAGAGCUAAUCCAAAGAAUGUCCUUUGCACUUCAUCUGAAGGAAGUAAAAAUAUGUAUUUAUCUUUCGCUGCAAGACUGUUGGAGGUUCAUCCAGAAUAUGAUGAGACGAUGCCUUUUUGCCACUAAAAAAUAAGUGAUGAGUGCUAUGUCUGAGUUCAAAUCCAAUGUUUCCCCUGCCAGCUGUUCAGAAAAGUUUAAUUUAGGUUCAGAGCAGAUUGAAUGUACUGUGUAGUCGGUCUUUAGCCCUGUAAUGCUGUUAAGUAAACUGACCUACUGCUUACACAUGUUCAGGGUACAUGUUGCACUGUGACUCUACAGAGAUUUCCUAAAAAAUACUGGGCUCAUCCAUCCUUGCCUUUUAAGGAUAUUUGAAGGGUAUGAAGAUGAGGCUUUGGGAUAUUUAUUCUAUCAGCGUCUACUAGGGUCUACGGUAUGAUUUCUUUGAUGCAGAGAACACCCAGCGGUAGAAGGGGGUGCUACUUGAAGACUGUGUGGUAAGAUAAUUGUCAUAGAAGAUGCUUGGUGAAUGUAUUUAAGGUCAAUGAGGGUGAUGCACUUGAAAAUAAGAAAAAGGUUUCUUCAUGGUGUAGUUCUCGCAUUACAAACUUAAACUGAAUGUGAUGGCCUCUAGACUGAAUUAUCACACUGUGGUUUGGCUGUGUAUACUGAGCGGUGCAAUUAAUGUUCUGUGCUUCAUAUGGUAGAAAAGAUGGUAGACCACUCAGCUACUGUGAGAUAGAUCUAAUAAAUGGCCUAUAUGGCUGUAUACCCCCCCA